AUGCCAAAAGGUGGUUUUACCUUCAUUCGUCUUUUUGUGCUCUUACUUAGUUUCUUCACUAUUUGUCUGGGAGUCCUUUGCGUUUCCACGAAUUCAUCUACGUGCAGAUGUCAAAAUAAUGAGCUGGUGUAUUAUUGCCUGUUAGCUUUGGGGCUCUGUCUCCUUGUUACUGGCAUUUUCUGGAGCACUUUCCAUAAAGUCCUGAAAUACAGGGCCCUUGACAUCUUAAUUCGAAAUCCCAGCUGCAGAGAGCUCCGUGUCUGCACCAUAGACAGGCCUGACUUCCAUCCUCCCUCCUAUGAAGGCAGAACAGAUCCUGAAAAAGAGAUCUCUCCACUGUCAGUUGCCUGCAUACUAGAACAGCAAGAAGUCAAUAUCCCUCCACCUCCAUAUAGUGAAAGCAGAGCAGAGUUUGUCAGUGAAACAAAUGAGCAGGAGCAGCCACCACCAUACGAAUUGUCUGUGUGGCACCUAUGGCAGCAGCAAACAGCUGAACAAGACUCAAACCUCAGAGUAGAGUCAAAUUCUCAUACAUCCACUCAAGAAAUCAGUUACCAACAGGAUGCAGACGUCCAGGGGACCUCAGAAAGAGCAACACCUGUAAAAACACCUGAGACAGGCAGCUGGCAAAAUCCUGCAUCUGUGAAGCAGGGACAAAUGGAAGAAGACUUUUGUCAGUGA